AUGAGCCUGGCCACCGAGACCUGGACGUCGCCGUCGGACACGCUCGCCGAGGACCACACCCGGAGCACGCCCGCCAACACCUCCGCCGACGUGACGCCCUGGGCCCUGGAGACCCGCCGGGAGCGCGCACAUGAGCGCCCCCUGUCGCCGCGCGGCUGGUCCACCUGGUCGGACUGGUCGACGUGCUCGCGGUCGUGCGACGGCGGCGCCUCGUACCAACUGCGGCGGUGCAAGUCCGCCAAGGGCUGCCGCGGCGAGGCCAUGCGCUACAAGAUCUGCAACAUGCAGCCGUGCCAGGACGCCGUGGACUUCCGGGCGCAGCAGUGCGAGGCGUGGAACCGCGAGGAGCGACACAACCGCUUCUACCGGUGGACGCCGUACCACGACGAGCAGCGGCCGUGCUCGCUGGUCUGCAGGGGGGAGCCCGUGCCCGACGAUGUCCCUGCGACCAUCCCUCUGUAG